AUGCUCCUUUCGCGUGUGGCUUCUGCCGUCAAGCUGCCGCGACUCUGCUACGACGCGCCGAGCAGCUGGCCUUCGGAUCUCUUGAAAUCUUUCCUUCCGUUGGGAGAGCCAGGCCAGCCCAGUCCAGAAGCCUUGCGCUUUCUUGAAGGAACUCCUCGGGCCACGCUGACACAGACUCUACUGCAUCGGAGCCUGUGCUGUCUUCCCUUGGAUGACUUUGACAUCAACGCGUGGUUUGACCUCUACCCGUUGCACCUCUUCAGCCACAGUCAGCUUUCUUCGCUCUUCGCUGCUGCCAGCCUGACCCUUCCGAUUCGGCGAGGUCUGGAUGUCGGUGCAGGCGCUGGCGGCGUCUCGGAGCCCCUUCGCGAGGUUUGCAGGUCCCUGAUCGCAGUGGAAACGUCCAGGGCCAUGGCUCGGACCUUAAGGAACCGCGGCCGCGAGACGUGGUGUGAGGACCUGGCGGUCACAGCAGCCGCACGGCAAGCCCAGGGGGAGGAGUUCCAGCUGGUGGCUCUGCUCAAUGUCCUUGACCGCUGUGCAAAGCCGAGGAGCCUCUUAGCAGCUUCCCGACUACUCAUGCCCAGAGGGUCGUGGCUUUUGCUUGCCACGCCACUGCCAUUCCAUGGCGCCUUCUACGGUUGGAGGACAGCUUGGACCGGAUGGCAGGUGGAGAAUUUGGCUCUCGGUGCAGAGGCUUCCUGGGCAGGUCAGGCACAGCGACUGAUCCAAGAGGUGCUGCCGCAAGAAGGCUUCGAGGCUGUCGUGGUUUCACGACUUCCAUACCUGUGUGGCGGAGAUGCCUUCGUAUCAUUCUCCGAGCUGGAUGACCUGAUUGUUCUGGCCAGGAGAAUGUAA